CAGUGUACUGGUUGUUAUUGUUGGCGUAUUUUGCAGAAGAUUUUCAGGCAGUGAAAUUCGUAAUUUAUUGAUCAAAACUUCAAUUCCGGUGGAGUCUGAAAAUACUUUCAACAUGUCGCAGGCCAUCCAGGCUCAACUGGAAGUGAAAUCCAAGUGUGAGCAAGCCCAACAAUCCAUCAAAGGGUUGUACGAUUGGGAGCAGGAAAUGAAGCAGAAAGAGGCCCAGUCUCGACAGCAAGUAAAAGAGGAAGGAUACACGACACCAAUCAGAAGCCAUGUUGAAAAAAUGAAUAAGUUUGCGGAAGAUCAACUAGUAUCUGAAAAGCAGCAAGUAUUGAGCGGAUCUGUUAUUCCAAAGGAAGUCAAUGAAGCAGAGCAUUACAACCACAAAGGAAAUGAGUUAUGCAGAAUGGCGAAGGGAGGAGCAGAUGCAAGCUCCUACAAUGAAAAGUUCGAUCUUGAUGCUAUCGAAAUGUACACCCAAGCUAUUGAACUUAAUUCUCAGAAACCGGAUUACUAUGUUAACCGAGCCUACUGCUAUUUUAAGUUGGAGCGGUAUGAAGAAUGUAUUUCUGAUUGUAAUUCUGCAAUGCAGCUAGAUGCCACAUGUAUCAAAGCAUACUACCGUCGAAUGCUGGCAUAUGAAUAUAUGGGCAACAGCGCAACAGCCUAUUUGGAAUGCCAAAAUAUUUUGAAAAUGGCGAAAGAGUCUGGUGAUAUAGCUAGAACCAAACAAGACAUGCAGAGAAUCGAAGGACGUUUGAGAACUGAAGCAGACAAACAUAAGGACUUGGGAAAUAAAUGUCUGGCGAGCAAGGACUACCAGCAAGCAUGUGAUUGUUUCACAAAGGCAGUUUCCGUUUUUCCUUAUGAACCCAUCUAUUAUAACAAUCGUGCCUUAGCAUAUUUCCAUCUGAAAGAAUACGAUAACUGUUUGGAUGAUUGCAACAAAGCUAUUGAACUAGAUGAUAAUUACUUUCGCCCUUACUAUCGACGAGCAUGCGUCCAAGAGCUUCGCGCGAACUAUCAAGCAGCCAUCGUAGAUCUGAAAAAGUUCCUUGAGCUGGUGAAGGAUGACAAACAACGACAGACCGCAGAAAAAGAUUUGGAACGUUUGCAACGGCUCAUACACGAUGAAAAGAACCCGCAGUCGCAUAAUUGGAUCGAACUGCGGAAAAACACGUCUGUCGUCAAUUUCAUCCAAAAGGCUCCUCAUCUGCGCUCUAAGAAACCACUGAAACGGAUUGCGAUUUCCGAAGUGUCAUCAUCUGUCGAUCCUAAGACAAAUCCUUCUAGCUAUGUCAUUGCAUCGAAUUAUGAAGCGAUUCCCGACUCAGUUAUUGACAAGAUUUUCAACAACAAUACCGGAGAGCGUUUGGUGGAGCCGAAAAUAGAAAACAACUUGGAAAACCUCUUCCCCUCCUCUUCGAUGUCGAAACUGAAGCAACUCUUUUCGCCUCCUACAACGCCGUCAAGCCCGCCCAGCGAACCAUUCGGCAAACCGAUGGCAAGUUGUGAAAACAAAUCUGUUGGCAAUAAUGGAAGCAAAGCAAAAAGUCACUCGGAAGUAUUGUCGAUUGAUGGAGCAAUCACUGACAAAACAAACUCGGAACCAAAGGACCGUACCAACAAGUCACAACCGGCAGAACAGGUGAAGCAAGAGAAAGAUAAGAUUAAUCAAGGAAACUGCCCAUCUGGUCAAGGAAUCGAAUGCAAAUCUGGAGACACAUCUCAACCCCAAUCGGCGCAAUCGGCAAAUACACAACCGAAGAUGGCAUCUGAGGAAAAUCAAAAUGAUCAAUCUAACGCUAAAUCAGCUGGAAUGUCAGGAACUACAAAUCCACACCCGCCCAUUCCUUCCAGUAGUGUGAAGUUCUACCAUUCCUGGUGUAAUUUGAAGACGCAAGAAGAGAAAUAUCAAUAUCUGAAGACACUUGAGAACGCGUCGCUCCAUAAGCUGUUGGGAGCAAAUAUGGGCAGUGAUAUGUUGUCGGAUAUCCUACAAGUACUUAGGCAAUUCUGUCUCCAGGACAAAACUUCACCGAUGAAAAUUCUCAACGAGGUAGCAAAGAACAAAGAAUCCGGAAUCCUUGUCAUGAUGCUGGGUGAAAGAGAUAAACAUGCUUUAAUCCAGCUGCUGGAACUGAUGGAUGAAUUGGACGACGACAAGGAUCAAAUUUUCACGAUCAAGAAAAGCUUGAUCAUUUAAUCUCCUGUACAGUAAGUCAGUGACGCUUCUUUCGACGUAAGUCCAUUUUUACUUGAAUUAUUCCUUCCGGCAUUGAUUGGUGCAAGAAUCAUAACUUUGGCGAAAUA